CUUCGGCAGGUGUAUGUACCAACUCAAGACUUCUCCAUGGUUGUGCGUCCAGUUAGCUACAAGAACUGGUAGGUCGAUGUUGUGUGAGUGCAUUGGUCUUUGAAGACUAACGUGCGUGUGCAGUUUUACAAGUUGUAUUAAAGCUGCUAAUAGUUCCUUAUCGGUACAAACAAAUACAAGGAAUGUGUGACUUCUUCACAUAAUUGGAUUAAGCUAGGGUUGGUUGACCAUAACGGUCCACAUAAUCUUCACCUACAGCCUCAGGCUGCUUAUACCAAGCAUUAAGUUUGAACCAUCGCUACGAACUUUGACACCGACAGUUACGAUGACCAGUUAAUAAUGUUGUAUAAAGUCAGAAUGGAUGUCAGCCCUUAUUACUACUCCAGGUUGUGGCACAAAAUUUAGAUCAUGCUGGAAGGAGGGGUCAUCGCCACCUUGGUGGCAGCAGUGACACUGAUCUCUUUAACUACGGCCCAAUGUCCAUGGCAGCGCGAAUCUAUAGACCUUCAAUCUUCAUGCCUAUGCUCCUACAAUUUAGGACAUGAACUGUCUGUGCAAUGCGACAUGGUAGAGUGGCCAAAGCUGCUCGCAGCUCUUCAAAAAUACGCCACUACAACACCGUUGGAUCUGUUAUAUGUCAACAACUCAACAAUCGGUGUUUUGGAAGACAAUAUUUUUGUGGACCUUCAAGUGCAAAAUCUACAAUUGUCCGGUUGUAAAAUAAAUAGUGUUGAAAGUGAUGCUUUUAAAGGGCAAGAACAACAUUUGAAAAACUUAAAUUUACAAGACAAUGACUUAACCAAAGUGCCUGUUGAUAGUUUGAGACCAUUAAGGACUCUGUCUCUGUUAGAUCUUUCCCACAACAGAAUCACUACAGUUCUUGAUAGCUCCUUCGAAACGUUAAAGAAGUUAGCCACCUUAAAAUUAUCUGAUAAUAAUGUGACAUUAUCCACUGGUGCUUUAAAAGGUCUUGAAACCUCUCUUAAAAAUUUAAAUUUAAAAGGAACACGCCAAAAAGACAUACCCGAAGCUGUCCGCAACUUAAAAACAUUAGCAUUUCUUGAUCUGUCUCAGAACAGCUUAAGAGAACUACCUGGAAAAACGGGACUCAAAUCAUUUCAAGGUUUGGAUUCUCUGACGGCUUUAAAUCUUGAAAGAAAUUUAAUCCAAACAUUAGGAAAAAACGCUUUUCGUGGUGUAGAACGAUCACUAAGUUCUUUAAGUUUACUUAAUAACUUAUUAGCAGACUUUCCAACAGAAGCUUUAAGUGCCUUGUCCGAACUCCGGGUAUUAGACAUCGGAUUUAAUUUAUUAACCGAAUUACCAGACAAAGCUUUCCAAGGGAAUCCAUCUAUUACGUUAUUGGCAUUAGACGGAAACCCUUUAGCCACCAUUCCGUUUGCAGCGCUGUCACAUUUAAACAAUACCCUCCGAGGCCUAAGCUUAGGUGGCCGGUUUUUGCACUGUGACUGUAGAUUAGCUUGGGUCAUCGAUUGGAUCAGAAACGGUGAUUUACAAGUAACGAGUCGUGAACGAAACCCUCAAUUUUGUGGAAGUCCAGCCCGGUUCAGAGAUCGUGGUUUCUACAGCAUACAACCCGAAGAGUUGUCAUGCAAAAAAGAAGAAGGUAUUGGAAUAGCCACCGUUGUUAGCGCAGAUUUAGACGAUGUGUCAAUAGCAGAAGUUGAAACUCCUGUAAAAACGACAACGAAGCAGCCCACUACAAAAACGACCAUUGCCACGAGUACCAUUUCAACGACAACUACAAAGUCAACAUCCACAACAAUCAAAUCUUCAACGACAAAACCAAAAUUACGAACAACAACAACACCAUGGAAAAAUACACAACGACCUUCUCUGAUUAUGAAUUAUCCGUCUAAAUCCAAAGCUGAUGAUUCAAAUGAAGUUUUAGUGAAAAAUGCUUUCCGACAAGAUAACUCCGUCAUCAUUCAAUGGGGUUCAGAUACGGCAAACAUCUUAGGUUUCAGAGUAGUUUAUCGACUAUUCGGAGACAAAAGUUUCAAACAAGGCCCGCCUUUGGAAGCAAGCGAGAGGGAAUUCAAAAUCAAGAAUGUACCAUCGCAGGAAUGCAUUGUAGUCUGCGUGGUCUCCUUGGAAGAGAUUAACGUUACGCCUGAAACCGUGCCCUAUUCACAAUGUCGCGAAGUAAGAACUGUUUCAUCGGCAUCUUCAAACAUGGAUAAAAUCACCAUUGCGGCGAGUGCUGCAAUUUGCGGAACCAUAGUUAUUGCAGUCAUAAUUUUUGUGGCAGCGUCGAGACGAAGAACAAGAAAACUACACGAACUGCAUCAACAAAAGAUGGGAAUUAAAAACGGUUUACCCAUAAACGGGCUGCCAGUUAACUGUUGUACCGGCGUAGGUCCAGCAGCAAGUCCUGGCGGACCGUUAUCUUCGUUAGCAACUCUUAGCGCUUUCAAUAACAAUAAGGACUGGGACCAAGUAUCAGGUUACAGUACCCAUAGCGUGCAAAGACCUCGCAGGUACUCGGUAGACCAACUUGAUGACAUACGUUAUGGUACAAAGGGAACAAAGCAGCGCUCGAUCGCCGAUGGGCAAUCGCAAAAUAGUUUCUCUAAUCAUUCUGGGCGAUACCUAAAUGCUUUUCCCAGUAAUUUAAUUUCAUCACGACAAGACUUACGACAGUCAAGGCAGUCUUUAACAAUGCAGUCAGACAGAAUGUCCACUCGUGGACCUAGUCACCAUGGACCGUCCCAUUCUGUGGCAUCUUCAAGACGAUCCCGGCCCCGAUCCAGAUCACGUGACUACAAUAGACCGGGCAGUCGCUACAGUACAGCUGGAUCGACGCAUACUUUAAAUAAUUAUUGCGACAAUUCUGAUAACUGGACUGAUCAUGACAUGGAAAUUUACAUGGCAAGGAAUCCUACCACGAGAAACGGUCUUGUGCCGCUCUGAUAUAUUGCUCAAUAGAUAAAUGUGUUCUGUAAUUUUUCGAAUGGCUGUUACUUAAGUCGGUAUGUUUUAAAUCGCAGCGUGACUGAUAGAAUCAGUUAAUAUACAAUAACAUAGUAUCAGUAAUCACUAAAUCAACUUAUAAGAAAUUAUAUUUUGUAGGAUGUAAUUAUUUUUCCUUAAAUUAAUUUAUGAAACA